AUGUCUUCAUCCAAGAAAUCCUCCUCCUCGUCCUCCCGCAAAUCACGCUCCCACGACCCCAUCUACGAAUCUGGAUAUAGCAGCAGCAGCAGCAGAUCCUACGGCACGACGUAUAGCAGCAUGUCGCCUUUCUGGACGAUUGGGACGCUGCUGGGGGCGAGCAGUGUAGCGCUGGGUGCGUUUGGGGCGCAUGGGUUGAAGACGCGGAUUAGGGAUCCGGGGGCGUUGGCGAAUUGGGGGACUGCGGCGAAUUAUCAGCUCGUUCACUCCGUCGUCCUAACCAUGACAUCCGUCGUCGCGCCGCAAAACAAAAUCGCCAUGGCCCUCUUCACCGCCGGCAUGACCAUGUUCUCUGGAAGCAUAUACCUGCUUGUGCUGGAUGCGAAGAAGUACAAGCAACUGGGGCCUGUCACGCCAAUUGGCGGCGCUUGCCUUAUUGCUGGCUGGCUGGCGCUGGCCGCGAGGGGAAAAAUGGUCAGACUACCUAGGAGCGCGUGA